GAUUCAGUUUCACCUCCCUUAACAAUCUUACACAUAAGCAUAUAAACUCUCUCCACUCUUUCUUCUUUGUCCUGUAACGCCUCCUCUUUCUCCUCCUAAAAUUCUUUCUUUUUUCACCAAAUUCCCUUUCAUUGAUCCAAAAAGAAUUGUGGGUGUCUCUUGAUUUUGCUUGAUUUUGAGUUAUUGAGUUGAAAAAAUGGGAAAAGGUGGAAACUUGAGUGAAGGGGUUGUGAAAAAAAUCUUGCUUUCAUACACUUAUGUUGCAAUUUGGAUCUUCCUAUCUUUUACUGUGAUUGUGUACAACAAGUAUAUCUUGGAUCGUAAGUUGUACAAUUGGCCUUACCCAAUUUCACUAACAAUUAUUCAUAUGGCUUUUUGUUCUUCAUUGGCUUAUCUUCUUGUUCGUGUGUUUAAACUUGUUGAGCCUGUGACAAUGACAAUGGAUCUUUAUUGCAAAUCUGUGGUACCCAUUGGUUUACUUUAUGCGUUUUCACUGUGGUUAUCGAAUUCUGCUUAUAUUUAUCUGUCUGUAUCGUUUAUUCAAAUGCUUAAAGCUUUGAUGCCUGUUGCUGUGUAUUCAAUUGGGGUUCUGUUUAAGAAAGAUACUUUUAAAUCUGAUACAAUGGGGAAUAUGGUGUCGAUUUCGAUUGGGGUUGCGAUUGCUGCUUAUGGAGAAGCUAAAUUUGAUACAUGGGGUGUGAUGUUACAGUUAGGUGCUGUAGCUUUUGAGGCUACAAGAUUGGUUAUGAUUCAGAUUCUGUUGACAUCAAAGGGUAUUACGUUUAAUCCGAUUACUUCGUUGUAUUACGUUGCGCCUUGCUGUUUGGUUUUCUUGUUCAUUCCAUGGAUUUUUGUGGAAUAUCCAUUGUUGAAGGAUACAUCUAGUUUCCAUUUUGAUUGGGUCAUCUUUGGUACUAAUUCGUUCUGCGCGUUUGCUCUGAAUCUUGCUGUGUUUUUGCUUGUGGGAAAGACAUCUGCUUUGACUAUGAAUGUUGCUGGUGUGGUUAAGGAUUGGUUGUUGAUUGCCUUUUCGUGGUCCGUGAUUAAGGAUACUGUCACUCCUAUCAAUUUGGUUGGAUAUGGAUUGGCUUUCUUAGGUGUGGCGUAUUACAACCACGCCAAAUUGCAGGCUCUUAAGGCGAAUGAAGCACAGAAGAAGGCUUCACAGGCUGCUGAUGAGGAGGCUGGAAGAUUGUUGGAGGAAAGAGAAGGGGAGAAUGGUGCUAAGAAGAAUGAGUCUCAGGGUUGAGUUGGUUCUUCGUUUACUUCGUAUUAUCCAUAGGUAGAAUGACAUUGAGAGAUGAAACCUGAAGAUCAGACUAUAACGUCCUUGUGCGGAUGAUUUAGGUUCUGUUUUUAGGUAUAAAUCGUUUACAUUAUCUGUUUUGAGGAUCUUAUAAUAGUUUUAUUGCUCGUAUUACCUUACCAGAUCGUGCAUGUACUUGAGCAUGACUCGAGGCAAUUUAUGUUUAUUUUGACAGAAUAGUAAUACUAGAAGAGCUUUUACUAAUGAAAGUAACUGAUGCAGCUAAAUAUGUCUUUGUUUCCCUUUUCUUGGAA